AUGAACGGCGUGAUCUGGAGCAAAACACAGAAAACUUUUGUUCCAAUUUCCAGCGUUCCAGUAUUUGCCAUGAUGCAACAAGAACGUCUGAGACAAAGUCGAGCAUUGGAAAUCCACAAUUUCCAAUUACAGAAUUUGACUGUAACAUCCUUCCAGUAUGAUAACGAUACGAAAGUUAGAGGACUUUGUGGUCAAUUAUGGAAUCUUCUCUCUGAAAAAUUGAAUUUUACAUUACAGGCAAUAAGAUCAAAUGAAAUUAGCGUAGGUGUAUCAGAAAAAAACCGAACCGUUUUUAAUACAGGAUUAUUAGGCAUACUUUUCCGCAAUGAAACUAUCGCGAUACCCAAAGUUGAAAUGCAUGAUGUUCGACUUGCAGCUACUGAUUUUACAAUGCCUUUAUGGAUGAAUAGCCAACGAGCCUAUAUUCAACAUGAAGUAGUACAUGAUAGCACAUGGAUGACAGAAGUGUUUUCCCAGAAAAUAUGGUGGCUUAUAUUAAUUACGCUUUUAUUAAUGAGUGUAUGUAGUUUUUGGUCGCAAACUGUUUAUUCACGGAUCGAAAAUAAUUGCAAACGCUCGACCUUCGGUGAUCAUGUUUUUUACAACUUUGGAAUGAUCUGCAAUCAAAAUCACAUUCCUGAUAUUCUUCUUGGAAGAUCAAGGAUUAUAGAAACAUUACUGGGUCUCUUUUGUUCUAUACUAUACAUGUCAUUUGGAGCUUUGUUAUUCGUGUAUAUAGCAAAAAGAGUUAACAUUAUAGCUCCAUUUAAAGAUCUGGACUCUUUAAUGACAAAUACCGAAUAUAAAAUUGUUUCUUUGAAAGGUUCUACUGCAGAUAUCGCGUUUAAGGUAAGCAAUGUCGAUAUUUUUGUACGACUAAAAACUGCGAAUCGCCUCAUCAUUGCACCAACAGUUGAGACAAUGUUUAAAUUAGCAUGUGAAGAUAGAAAGUAUACCAUAUUCCAAGGUGAAGACGAUCAUAAAGUAAGACAUGAAAUUGGAUGUCAUAUGAUCCCAGUUGGAAAAUCUUAUUUGAAGAUGUGGGUAGCUUCUGGCAUUGUGAAAAACUUUAAAUACAAAAGGACUAUUGAUCUUGGAAUACUCAGAUUGAAAGAAGUUGGAAUGUGGAAAGCGUUAACAUAUCGUUGGGUGAACCAUAAACCUCGAUAUUAUGAUAUUGUUGUACAAGAAGCUAUCGGAAUAGAUCAAGUUUUUUUAAUAAUUUUAAUAAUAUGUUGCGGAAUGAUAACAGCUUUUAUUAUUUUGAUAAUCGAAAAAAUUGUGUAUGUUUAUAAGCACAAGUCAUUAUGA